GGUUGAAACAACGUUGAAUAAUUUGCGCCGGACCACGUUAAGGACAAAGAUAUUAUGGAUUGGUGUAAAUUUCAGAAAGCAGUUAAACCGUUCAUUAUGGCAUUGUCUCUAACCAUCGACCAUUCCCUGUUGUUUCUGCCAACCCUUUCUCUUUUAUUCAUUGCUAACAACACCAAACUCUCUCACGAUCUCUUUUUCACACUUUUUCUUAUUCCAUCUUUCGUACAUCUUUUCUCAUCACUGCAAUGGAACCAAACACCAACAAAGGCGAGGUUGUCCGCGAGUUUCCUCACCUCUUCCGCGCCUACAAAGACGGCAGCAUCGAGCGUCUCCUCGGCACGGAAACCACUCCUGCCGGAAUCGACCCCACCACCGCCGUUGAAUCCAAAGACGUCACCAUAAAUCCCCAAACCAACGUCGCCGUCCGCCUCUACCUCCCUUCCGCCGCUUCCUCCUCCUCCCAGAAACUCCCUAUUCUCGUCUACAUCCACGGUGGCGCCUUUUGCGUCUGCACCCCCUUCAACCCGGCCUACCACAGCCACCUCAAUACAGUCUGCGCCGGCGCCAAUGUUAUCGUCGCCUCCGUUCACUACCGCCUCGCCCCGGAGCACCCCCUUCCUGCCGGCUACAACGACGCCUGGGAAGCCUUCCUGUGGGUCGCCUCCCACGCUACCGGUGCCGGCCCGGAGCCCUGGCUCAACGCCCACGGCGAUCCAGAAAACGUGUUCAUCGCCGGUGACAGUGCCGGCGGCAACAUCGCCCACAACGUGGUGAUGCGAGGCACUGCAGAGGGUUUCGCGGGAUUGAGCCUCCAGGGGAUGGUGCUGCUUCACCCAUUCUUCGGGAACGAUAAAAAGGACGAGCUGGUAGCGUAUCUGUACCCUACAUACGAAGGACCGAGCAACAUGAUGAUCCACGCCCCGCUGGAUCCGAAACUGUCGGAUCUGGCGUGUCCGAGGUUGCUGAUCUUCGUGUCGGAGAAUGAUUUUCUUAAGGACAGAGGCUGCAGCUAUUACGAGGCGCUGAAGAAAACUGGGUGGAAGGGUGAGGUGGAGAAGGUGGAGUUCCCCGGAGAAGACCAUGUGUUUCAUCUUCUUCAGCCUUCUAAGCAAAACGCUUUGGAUCUCGUUCAACAGUUUAUCGCAUUCUUGAAGCAAACCCCCUCCACCACCUGAUUCAUUGGUUAGAUUAUGAUCACUCACUUUCUCAUACUACUCUUUUUUUUUUAUUAUUGCUUUUCUUAAGCCUUCUACCUUUGGAAGCUCGUGCUCUGUGGAUUUCUCUGUCUUCUUCUCCAGCUAUAGCCAUAGCAGGGAGAGAAUUUUCAUGUGAAUUGAACUCAGCACAGAAUUUUGUUCUCUAUGUUGUUUUUUUUUUUUUUUUCUGAAUU